CAUUUUGAGUGUGGAAACGCGUUUCAGAUUUAAUUCACACAACUCCUAUGCCUUAAAACAGUUUGUUGUGCACGGCACAGUAAGCAGCAUAAACCAUUCCCACAGACGACCCCUCCUGCGUGUGUUUAGUAUCAUUAUGUUUCCACUGCUAAAGGCAGCCCGACGUUGGUUUCAUAACUUCCAUGCGUUGCACAACUAUAGGUUGCGCAUUGCCUACAGUGUCUGCUGCCUCUUCUGUCAUGGAGGAAAACAGCUCCCAUGUUAAACAUUACGUAUGCUGUGACGUUGCAACCGGCGAAAUGUUACUUAAGCAACUUUUAUAACUCACCGCUUACUCACCGUCAUCGGAUCAUCAGAUAAACCCAUCGCGAGGAAACAGUAGUAUUCAGUAAACAUAUGGCUCUCAGAGGUUCUGUCACCCGCCUGCUCUGCAACAGCCAGAAAUGUGCUGCUGUCACUGCGUCCAGAGCCCAGGGCACAGCUGCAACAGCAGCCAAAGAUGUUGAAGAAAUCCAAAAGCCGGCGAAGGCAUCCAAGGUGGCGUUCAACUGGCGGGACGCCCUGAAUCUGGAGGGUCAGCUGACCGAGGAGGAAAUUAUGAUCCGGGACUCCUUCCGCGACUACUGUCAGGAAAAACUCAUGCCCCGCAUCCUCAUGGCCAACAGACAUGAACAUUUCCACCGUGAGAUUGUCUCAGAGAUGGGAGAGUUGGGCGUCUUAGGCCCAACUAUUAAAGGGUACGGCUGUGCAGGCACGAGUUAUGUGGCGUACGGCUUGAUUGCCAGAGAGGUUGAGAGAGUGGACAGCGCGUAUCGCUCAGUCAUGAGUGUCCAGUCUUCACUUGUCAUGCACCCGAUCAAUGCUUACGGCACGGACGCCCAGAAGGAGAAGUACCUGCCCCGGCUUGCUCGUGGAGAAAUCCUGGGUUGCUUUGGCUUGACAGAGCCCAACCACGGUAGUGAUCCCAGCGGCAUGGAAACCAAGGCCAAAUACAACCCAUCCAGUGGUACCUUCAGCAUCAGUGGAGCCAAGACCUGGAUCACAAAUUCCCCCGUGGCAGACAUCGCAGUGGUGUGGGCCAAGUGUGAAGAUGGCAAGGUGCGGGGUUUCAUCUUGGAGCGUGGAAUGAAGGGUUUGGCCACCCCCAAGAUUGAGGGCAAGUUCUCCCUGAGGGCGUCCGCCACUGGCAUGAUCCUGAUGGAUGAAGUGGAAGUUCCCCAGGAGAACCUCCUGCCCAACGUCACUGGUCUGGCUGGUCCCUUUGGCUGUCUGAACAAUGCCCGGUAUGGCAUUGCAUGGGGAGCUCUGGGAGCGGCGGAAUUCUGCUUCCACGCUGCCCGACAGUACACUCUGGACAGAAUCCAGUUUGGGGUGCCACUGGCCAGGAACCAGCUGAUGCAGAAGAAAAUGGCUGACAUGCUGACAGAGAUCACCCUUGGGCUGCAGUCAUGUCUGACCCUGGGAAGACUUAUUGAUGAGAAAAAAGCUGCACCAGAUAUGAUCUCCAUGCUUAAGAGGAAUAACUGUGGCAAGUCUUUGGAUAUUGCCAGACAAGCCAGAGACAUGCUGGGAGGAAACGGCAUUGCUGAUGAGUACCACAUAAUCCGUCACGUCAUGAACCUGGAGGCUGUCAACACAUACGAGGGAACGCAUGACAUCCAUGCCUUGAUCCUGGGCAGAGCCAUCACUGGAUUGCAGUCUUUCACCGUUGAAAAGUAAAGAAAACUGUGGAAAUGGACUUGAUGUGAAUUAGUGGUGCCGCUUGUUUCUCAUGGGACAAAAUAAUAUGUGUAGAAACAUGAAGUGCACUUAAUCUGCCUCAUAUUAUUAGCUUUGCCUGGUGGGAUAAAUCACAAAUACCACUGAUGGGAGCCGUCUAUUACUGCCUCCGUUUGGUAUCUUGGGUGAAUAUGUAAGGUCAACUUAACUAAGCAUCGGGUCCAACUGUAAGGACACUUGUACAGUUAAGAUCCCUGAAAUAUACUUCAGGCACCCACUAGGCAAGAUGCAUGUUUGUUAAUUUUGUGCUAAUUUAAUAUGUAAAUAAAUGGCUUUGAAUGAAUGGAAAUAUAUGAGUGUAGCUGAGAUUGAGUAUGUAUAGAUCCCUUAAUACAUACAUGUGCUCACUUUAAUUAUUUUCUGUUGUCAUUUUACAUUGUCAUGUUAGUUACUGUAAGUCUGAAGAACUGCAUUAUCUGUGCUGACAUAUUACAUUGUUGGUGUAAAAUGUUAAAACCUGAGAGCCAAAUAAUGUGGUGUAUGUCGCUCGUUACUUUUAUUUAUUGACUCAACAGAGGCUGAACUUGAACAUACAUAAAACAUGGAUUCA